AUGGCUCUUCUACUGACGCCGGUACAGAAGCUCGUGGGCUGGCAUACCAGCAAGCAUCCUGUGGAUUUGUGGCUGGAACUGUUGCGCAAUGCAGAGAGCUUCGAGGAUUGGGAAGAGGCAGCUCUCCAUUUGGAUAGCUUGCUAGGCUUAGACUUAUGGAGGAACAACCCUACGUCCGAAUAUUAUGACUGGCGGCUCAUCACCGAACGCUUGCACUCUUUGGCUAUUGCUCGUGAAGAGAGCCAGUUUCAGCAAUUAGUCAACCUUCUCCGAUCCGGCCUCAUCCGUAAUUUAGGAAACAUCACCGUGCCCAAGCUGUACAAUCGAUCCUUCUCGGGGACCAAAUAUCUGAUUGAGGAGUACAUAUCACAAGUCGCGGAGACUGUGGAUGACAUCAGCACACUGCCCACUACAUUCAUGUCCAACUCACAAGGCGGAGGGAGCGUAUUGACGAAUCAGAUGAAACUCGAUUUUAUUCAUGAUACCAGACAGGCAUUCGGUCGAAGCACUCUGGUCCUGCAGGGUGGAUCCAUCUUUGGAUUAUGCCAUCUUGGUAUAGUCAAAGCCCUCUUCUUGCGCGGUCUCCUCCCUCGCAUCAUUACUGGAACAGGAACGGGUGCCCUGAUAGCCGCCUUGGUGGCUAUACAUACAGAAGAAGAACUACCUAGUAUCUUGACAGGCGACGGUAUUGAUGUCUCGGCGUUUGCGUCGAAAGGCGGAUCAGAGAGUGGAGUGAUACCCCGUGAACAGACGUUCAAAUCGAGAUGGGCGACGUUGAUGCGACGACUGCGGAGGUUUUCUCGCGAAGGAUACUUUUUAGAUGUUACAGUGCUGGAGGAUUGUGUAAGGGCAAACGUGGGCGAUUUAACCUUCGAAGAGGCCUACAAUCGGAUGCAAAACCAGUUGAUAUGGACGGCCGCCGUAGCAUCUAAUGCCUCGUCACCCUCGCUCUACGGCUCCCGCAAAGUCCAAAUCCUCGCUAAAGACGUCCACGGCACCAUCGUGCCCUGGGCCGCUGCCAACACUACCAGCUUCCGCCACUGGACACACACCUCUUUCUCGGACCGGGACUCUCCUCUCCAACGCAUCGCCGAACUUUUCAAUGUAAACCACUUCAUCGUUAGCCAAGCCCGCCCCUACCUCAUCCCCUUCUUGCAGUCCGACAUGCACGGCCCGUCGCUCCUUGAAUCCCGCAGCAAAACCACACAACUCUCCGCAUUUCUCGUCCGCAUGGUCGGUCUCGAAGUCCGUCACCGUCUACGACAACUCGACACGCUGCGACUACUUCCGUCGAGUAUUAGGCGAUUUUUGGUGGAUGAGCGAAUACCAGCGGCCUCCAUGACGCUAGUACCGGAAGUUACGGCCGGGGACUUCGUACGACUUUUGGAGACGCCGACGAGGGAUACGCUGAAUUACUGGAUCUUGAGGGGCGAGAGGAGUGUGUGGCCCGCGGUGGCGGCGCUGAGGAUUCGAUGUGCCGUCGAGAAUGAGCUCGAUAGGUCGUAUCAGGUAGUCAGGAAAUUGAAGGCGGGUGAUUUGAGGAGGAAAGGCAGCAUUGCUGGUGUGGAGGCCUGA